AACUAAACGCUGACUCUAACGUUAGCAACUGUCAUGUCACCAUAGCUACAGAAGAGACGUUAAUUUCGGUUGAAACUGCUUCUUGUUUGACGCCAGCAAACUGCAUUUAAUGGCUAAUUUAGCUAACGUAAACGCUUAGCAACUGUCAUGUCACCAUAGCUACAGAAAAGACGUUAGGCGUUAAUUUCGGUUGAAACAGCUUUUUGGUCGACGCCAGCCAACUGCAUUUAACGGUUAAUUUAAGGCUUAGCUACUGUCAUGUCACCAUAGCUACAGAAAAGACGUUAGGCGUUAAUUUCGGUUGAAACAGCUUUUUGGUCGACGCCAGCCAACUGCAUUUAACGGUUAAUUUAACGCUUAGCUACUGUCAUGUCACCAUAGCUACAGAGAAGACGUUAGGCGUUAAUUUCGGUAGUGCUUCUUUGGUCAACGCCAGUGAGCUGUUAUUUAACGGCUAAUUUACGUAAACCGCCAUGUCAGAAAAGGCUCCGCUUCUUCAUUACCGACUCACCACCAGCGCCAGUCCGGUGCCGAAAGAUGCGUCCAAACCCGGCGGGGCCACGGAGGGCCGAGCCGCCGGUCGAAGGACCAAGGACAAGGACAAGACCGCCCGGAAGCUCGGAGUGGUGUUCGGCGUGGUCAUACCGACUCUACUGUCCAUGUUCAGCGUCGUUGUGUUCCUGCGAAUUGGAUUUGUUGUGGGCCAAGCAGGGCUCUACCAGGCCAUCGCCAUGUUCAUAGUGGCCUACUUUAUCAUCACAAUGACCGUGCUUUCUGUCUGUGCCAUCUCCACCAAUGGGGCUUUAGACGCUGGAGGUGCCUACUACAUGAUCAGCCGAGCCCUGGGUCCAGAGUUUGGCGGCAGCAUUGGGAUCAUGUUUUUCUUUGCCAAUGUGUGUGGCUGUGCUCUCUAUGUUUUGGGUCUGGUUGAGGCAAUCAUGUCUACCUUUGGCAUCCCAGAAGAGGGUGCUGCAGGUCCCCAUCAGGUGCUGCCCUCUGGAUAUUGGUGGUCUCUGCUGUAUGGCACUGGCCUACUCUUCCUGUGUUUCAAUGUCUGCUUGGUGGGUGCCCACAUCUAUGCCAAAGCCACCUUUAUUAUCGUCAUCAUAGUUGCGGCAGUUUUGGUUACCAUCUUCAUCAACUUUUUCAUUGUGGGGCCGAUCGUGGUGAUUCUGCCAGAUAGUUCUGGUCUAAAUGGUACCAGCCUGAGCACUGGCAAUUACACUGGCUUCCAGCUCCACACCUUGAAGGGCAACUUAUUGCCCAAUUACACAGUAGACUACACCACCGGUGUCAUGAUGAAUUUUGCCACAGUGUUUGCUGUCAUGUUCAAUGGCUGUACUGGGAUCAUGGCAGGCUCCAACAUGUCAGGCGACCUGAAAAACCCCAGCUACUCCAUCCCGAGAGGAACGCUUGCAGCUGUUCUUACAACUUUCAUCACAUACAAUCUGCUCAGUCUGCUGGUUGCGUGGACCUGUGACCGUCACCUCCUCCAAAAAGACUACAGUUUCCUGGGCGACAUCAAUAUAUGGCCGCCCCUGGUGACAAUUGGGAUUUACUCCUCCACCAUAUCUGCUGCCAUGAGUAACCUGAUAGGAGCCUCCCGGAUCCUGUAUGCACUGGCCAAAGACAACCUGUUUGGUGGCGUCCUGGCUCUGGCAAGGAAAACAUCUCGGAGUGGGAACCCCUGGGCCUCUGUGCUUGUCUCCUGGUUGCUUGUACAGAACCUGACCCUGUCAUCUGAGAAGCCAUCAUUGGAAACUGUUUGGAAUAGGACAGGCUCUUUCAAAAAUACUUGGCAGGUGGUGCUGUUUGCUGGUAAAUUGAACACCAUUGCUGGUAUUGUAACUAUCUUCUUCUUGUUGGUCUAUGCUGCUGUGAAUCUGGCCUGUCUGGCUCUUGAAUUGGCUUCUGCACCAAACUUCAGACCCUCAUUCCGUUGUUUCACGUGGCAUACAUGCACUCUGGGCAUUCUUGGUUGCCUGGUCAUGAUGUUCCUGAUUAGUGACAUUUAUGCAUUUGCCAGCAUUGCCUUUAUGCUCCUGCUGUUAAUGCUUAUCCACUACCUUGGUCCCAUCAGCAACUGGGGCUACAUCAGCCAGGCGCUCAUCUUCCACCAGGUGCGCAAGUACCUGUUGAUGUUGGAUGUGCGUAAGGACCAUGUGAAGUUCUGGAGGCCCCAGCUGCUGCUGAUGGUGGCCAACCCUCGCAGCUGUACAGGUCUCAUUGCUUUCAUUAAUGACCUUAAGAAGAGUGGCCUCUACGUCCUGGGACAUGUAAAGCUGGGUUUACUGGACGGGUUGCCCUCUGAUCCCCUGCAGAGCCGUUACGACUCCUGGCUGUCUCUAGUGGACCAUCUAAACAUCAAGGCAUUUGUCAACCUCACCCUGGCAGACUCUGUCCGACACGGAGUUCAGAACCUGCUUUUCAUCACAGGCUUUGGCGGAAUGAGGCCAAACACCCUUGUCUUGGGUUUCUAUGAUGACUGCACCCCUCAAGACAACCUCCAAGGUACAAUUAUCCUGUCUACAGGCUAUGGCUUGGAUACAGUGACUCCAUCCAUACACCCCCAAGAGCAACGGUUUCCCUUCUUCCCUAAUGUGCGGGGGUUCGAGGAACUCAAAGACCUUCAGGAAGAGGAAUAUGUGUCUGUGAUUGCUGACGCUGUAAAAAUGGGUAAGAAUGUGACACUGGCCCGUAACUUCAACCAAUUCAACCGGGACAAGGUCUUGGCGUCGGUAAAAAAGAUUAGGAGCCACCGAAGCACGACGGUGCCAUUCGUUGACGUGUGGCCUCUGAAUCUGCUUCGACCAGACAGCAGCGGUUACGUCGACACCUGCUCACUGUUCCUGCUGCAGUUGGCCUGCGUGCUUCAAGAGUCCCGUGCCUGGAGCCAGGCGAAACUCCGCCUCUUCCUGUGUGUGGAGGCCGGUUGCAGUCUGAAGGAGACGGAGGAGAAGAAGCUCCGGGCGAUGCUAAAGGAGCUAAGGAUUUCAGCAAAGGUGCAGAUGGUGGCAUGGGACCAGGUGGUGGCGCUCCACUGGCAGAGACAAGGAGGAAGAGAGAGAGGGAAUCUGGAAGAGGCUGCACAGAAUGAGGAGAGGGAGAGGCCAGAUGAAGCUGAGAAGAAAGAUUGUAUCCAAACGUUUCCUAAUAAUGCUGCUCAGCUGACCGAUGAGUACAUCUGUGCUGUCAACAAUCUGAUUCGCCGACACGGUGCUCCUCAGCCUGCUGUGCGUUUCCUGUAUUUACCCCGACCACCAGCAGACACAAGCCGUUACCGAUCCUACCUGCACCAGGCGGAAGUGUUGAGUCGAGACCUGGGCCCAACAUUGCUCGUUCACGGGGUCACACCUGUGGUCACUACUGACCUCUAAGAUUUUACUAUCAACUCUUGAUCCAUCAACAAGCCUGAGCUGGUAUUGUUCGUCCAUUGGACUGUGCUUCUUGCUAUCAAUUUAUUCACCUGAUAUUUAAGCUGUCAACCACAACAAACCAAUUUUAUACUUGAGUCACACCCACAUUCUGCAAUUAUGAAAUUUAUAUUUACCUUAUAUUAUUAAGACACUUGGAGAAAAUGGAUUUGAUGACCUCAAGUUUGUCUGUUGGAUAUUGAAAGUUAUGAGUGUUUUAGGCUGUUUGGUCAUCACUUGGGGAUGGCGCUAUAGUGGCAUAGAAAUCUAUAAAGGAAAGGUCUUUGCAGUUCCCUCGUGGUUAAAAUCAGAAGUAUAUUAGGCUAGUGCUCUGUCCCAUGCAUUUGUUAAAAUACCGUUAUUACAGAGGAACUGCUGUUGAACAUUGUCAACUUUGACUUUUUGUACAUGUUAAUAGAAAAAUAAAUUGUUGUAUUAUCUCAGAA